AAUAAUAAAAUAUCAAAUUCAUGGUGUAAUCAAUUGUGUGGCUCCGAAUCUCCAAUGGACUGGCUACUGCUUUGGCUUAAUUCCUUCCGUAUGUAGAUAGGCCACUAGGCCCACUGUCCUUUACUUCUUUGUGUUUUAAAUUUUUUAUAUAAAUAAACAAAUGUGUGUGUGUGUAUACUUGGGCCCCCUAAAAAAAUGGGCCCUGUCCCAAUGACCAGCCUGCCCCUCCCUCCAGCCGGCCCUGCACCGACACUUUGUAUCCGUGUAAAUUUUUGUUAACGCACCAGCACUUGUGUCGGUGUAAACCAUCAAAAUAUUUGUGUAUAACUGCGGUGUACAAAUGGGGUACAAUUUGUGGUGAUUUAGUUGUUCUUCCGUUGGCAAAGCUUUGUUCACUGAAAAUGGUCCAUUUUGGCCACGAAAAGAUGGAAAGCUUGUGAGAAACCCAUAUUCUUGGCACUUAGACUAUAUGUAGACUCCCCAAUUGGUACCGGUUUUUCAUUCUCUCACACACCUUGAGACUACGACGAAUGGAAUCUUACUACGACAGAACUUCUUCAUCUUCGGAUGACGAUCUUCCUGCCUCUCCCACUCAGUCCAAUGACAUGGCUGGACUGAGUUCCAGCAAAUUCUCAAGACUUUAUCCACCACCCCGUCUUGCUGCGCCUUCACCUCCUAGUCCACCCAGGCUUCCGUCCGGGAGGAUAGAUUGGGACUCUAUGACCCUCCAAGACUUUGCCUUGUACCAGAGGAUGCGCAAGGCUAGACUUGGGCGUUCUUUUCCGCCUGCAGAAGCAGAAUCUUUGGGUGAAAGCCGGACAACUUUUCCACACCUGCCAAAGUCUCCUAGUUACGGUUCUUCAUCUGCACCACCUGCCCCCCGGCAUGGGACGUGGGAAGACUAUGACAUGGGCGAAGCUGAUGAUUCCGCGGCGUGUCAUUCGUCAGAGAGAAGGAGCCCAUGGAAGGGGCCCCCACCUCCUUCUAGUUGACUGCAUGGGUGCAAUUGGCCCUCCUUCAACGCCUAGCCCCCUGCAAAUCAGUUUUCCUUUUCUUGUUUUAUCUCAAUAGGCAUUCACUUGUUUGGUCCGGGAGUUUUUCCUGCGUCCCAUGGCAAAGAAUGUCCUUUGAUUUCAGAUUAGGAAUUAUCGUUGUAAUUCAAAGAUACAACCUUCGAAUUGACAAUCGAUGAACUUCCCUAUUCUCAGGUUUCUUUCAUCUCAUUAGGAACCAUUA